AUGCGCGGUCGUGUGAGCGUGGAGCACUUCGGUCGGUGCACGCCUGUGUUGCUCGUCCAGAGUUGCAAGUUGCGAGGCAUUCGAGCGCAGGCAGGUCUUCGGACGCCCGGGAAGGGGCCUCUGCUCGCUCGCCGGAACAUGCAGUGCAGAUGCACGGCCGCUGGGGCCGCUCCUGCCGCGCGGCCGUGUCCAAGCGCGGCUCGCUGUGCCCCCCGGAGCUUCAGGCCGCUCGUGCGGUGCCGCGCUGCGGACAGCGGCGCUGCGGAGGCGCCCGGCUUCCCCACUGACUCGAAGGGCCGCUACAAGCGCGUGCCAAUCAGGAAGAAGAAGGAGUACCAGGAGCGGGUGCUGCGCGUCGACGAGAUCAAGCGGCCCCUGGCAGGCACGCGGUCCAACGACGAGGAGAAGGUGCAGGCCCUGAUGCGGUCGAUAGCGGAGGAGGGGCAGAAGGUGCCCAUCGACGUGCUCGAGGUGGAGGGGAGGGGGUACUUCGGGUUCAGCGGGUGCCACCGCUACGAAGCGCACCAGAGGCUGGGCUUGGAGACGAUUCGGUGCUACGUGUACCAGGCUUCGGAGGAGACGCUGCGGCAGCACAUGGCCUGA